UACAAAUCGAAACAAUCAUAUGACGAGACACCUGAGCGAGUGGAUCUUGUUGUAAGAUCACUUUUCCCGUCCUUUGCAAUUUUCUCUACUAAACUAAAAUGGCAAGUCAAACGCAAGGUAUUCAACAACUUUUAGCUGCCGAGAAACGGGCGGCGGAAAAGGUGUCGGAAGCCCGUAAACGUAAAGCGAAACGUCUAAAGCAGGCCAAGGAAGAAGCCCAAGAUGAGAUUGAGAAAUAUCGUAAGGAACGGGAACGUCAGUUUCGUGAGUUUGAGGCAAAACACAUGGGAUCCCGAGAGGAUGUUGCUGCGAAAAUUGAUCAGGAUACCAAAUUGCGUAUUGAAGAUAUGAACAAAGCGAUCUUGAGCCAAAAAGAUUUGGUGAUGCACAAGGUUUUGGAAUUGGUGUAUGAUAUCAAGCCAGAAAUUCAUAAGAAUUAUCGUCAGUAAAUAAAGAGGGGCUAAAUGUAAUGUGUUUCAUUACUUGUUGUAAACACUUAGAGAGUACUUACAUAUUAGUUAAAAUUUAGACAUGUAAAUAUCAUUCCAAUUAUGAAAGCUUAUGUAUUUGAAUUGUAUAUUGUUUUGUUGAAAAAAUUGAGAAUUUGUCUCGAUUAUGGUCAUGUUAUGUGUACUUAUAGUAAGCUACAUAAAUGAUCUUUUAAUUAUUGUAAAUGUUGCAAAUAUAUCUUACUAACUAGUUG